CUCUAAUCCAUUGUUAACGUGACCGUCAAUCUAUGAUUGAUAUCAGGCUAUCUCUACGAGCAGUGGCAGAAAACUAAGUUCUACGGUUUAUUUGAAAAAUAAAACAGCAAUAUCUAGAAUCCGCAGGUAUAUCGUAAGUAAACUGGAACCGCAAUAUGUCAUGACGUAGUGUCGAACAGGAGACUCCGCGUAAAGACUGGAGAGCCUUCGGAACAUAAACCCGCCAUUAGCCACCAGCCAGAAUCGACGCAAGGCCAAUGGCUGUAAUAAAAAUACCACUCUACCAUUCCGUAAACCAAUAAAGCAUCCAGCAAAAUAAUAAAACGCUACUACAAUUGGUAGCCGGAGAAACUUCCCGCCCGUUCUGCAUUAACAGUGUCAGAACGCCGGACCUUGCCCCGCCGCCCGAUACUUCCGAAACCGCCGCUUCGCUUCCACCGCAGCGUUAGCAAAGACAAGCUCCCCGAUUUCGCCGCGGGAGUUUUCCAGUUAGCUUACUUUCCAUCAGUCAGCCAAUAGCGGUGGAGCUCUGGUGGGUGUGGACGAGCUGCCAGUGGUGGGAAAAAAAGCGGAUUGUUGGGAUCGCAGUGUGGAUAACGAUUGUAUCAUUACUGGUUUCGCCCUGUAGCACCGCUGUGGCCACCCGCUGGAGACGCCGCUGUGGCCGCUGCCAGCCUCCGGCCGGAGCGGGACUUUUUUUUUCUGUUAUCGCCUCUUCCACCUUUUCUUACGGCUUCUGCUGCUUUCCCCUCUUUCUUCCGUCUUUACAUCAUCACCAUCAUCUUUCUUGACCGAUUUUUUAUUCACAAACAACUUCUUCUAUCUCAAAAUGUCCAACUCUCUCGAACAGCUCAAGGCCGCCGGCACCGUUGUCGUCUGCGACUCUGGUGACUUUGCCACCAUUGGCAAGUACAAGCCCCAGGAUGCCACCACCAACCCUUCCCUCAUCCUCGCUGCCUCCAAGAAGGCCGAGUACGCCGCUUUGAUCGACAACGCCAUCCAGUACGCCAAGGGUAAGGGUGGCUCCGUCGACGAGCAGGUCGACAACGCUCUUGACCGUCUCCUCGUUGAGUUCGGCAAGCAGAUUCUCCAGAUCAUCCCCGGCAAGGUUUCCACCGAGGUUGACGCCCGUCUUUCUUUCGACACCAAGGCCUCCGUCGACAAGGCUCUUCAGAUCAUCGAGCUCUACAAGCAGGAGGGCAUCGACAAGGAGCGCAUUCUCAUCAAGAUUGCCUCUACCUGGGAAGGUAUCAAGGCCGCCGAGAUCCUCCAGCGCGACCACAAGAUCAACUGCAACCUCACCCUCAUGUUCUCUCUUCCCCAGGCCAUCGCCGCCGCCGAGGCCGACGCUUUCCUCAUCUCCCCCUUCGUCGGUCGCAUUCUCGACUGGUACAAGGCCGCCAAGAAGGAGGAGUACACCAAGGAGACUGACCCUGGUGUCGCCUCUGUCAAGUCCAUCUUCAACUACUACAAGAAGUUUGGCUACAAGACCAUUGUCAUGGGCGCCUCUUUCCGCAACACUGGCGAGAUUACCGAGCUUGCUGGCUGCGACUACCUCACCAUCUCUCCCAACCUGCUUGAGGACCUCAUGAACAGCUCCGAGGCUGUUCCCCAGAAGCUUGAUGCCUCCCAGGCCAGCUCCCAGAACAUUGAGCGCAAGUCCUACAUCAGCGACGAGGCUCUCUUCCGCUUCGACUUCAACGAGGAGCAAAUGGCCGUUGAGAAGCUCCGUGAGGGUAUCUCCAAGUUCAACGCUGAUGCCGUCACCCUCAAGAACAUCCUCAAGGAGAAGCUUGCUUAAAUGUUAUGUGAUAUGACGGUGGAUGAUUGAAAAAGAACAUAUGUCGAAUAUAAUUAAAUAAAAAUGAAUUGAUAUCGAUUAUCCAG